AUGCGAGAGAGACUUGGAGAUCGGCUUCCAGAUUUCUCACAAAAAGAUAAAGAGUUGCUUAGGAUGUCAAUAGACUUUGUUGGGCUGAAUCAUUAUACAACAAGGUUUGUUGCUCAUGCAACGGCAAAUCGCAUAGGCCAUGCUUUUUAUAGAGUCCAAGAGGCUGAGAGAAUUGCUGAGUGGGAAGGAGGGGAAGUGAUCGGGGAGAAGGCAGCAUCACCUUGGCUUUUCAUUGUUCCUUGGGGAAUUCGGAAAAUUCUAAAUUACAUUGCGCAGAGAUACAACAAUCCCCCAAUAUAUGUAACUGAGAAUGGUAUGGAUGACGAAGACAAAGGGAGUUCCUCAAUCUCCGAGAUGCUAGAUGACAAAAAAAGAGUCAGUUACUUUAAGGGAUACCUUGCUGCUGUUGCCCAGGCAAUUAAGGAUGGAACUGAUGUGAGGGGUUACUUUGCAUGGUCAUUAAUGGACAACUUUGAAUGGCAGCUAGGUUAUACCAAGCGUUUUGGUUUGAUUUAUGUGGACUACAAUAAUGGGCUUUCGCGGCACCUAAAAUCUUCUGCUUAUUGGUUCUUGCGGCUCUUAAGAGAAGAAGGGAAAUGUGGCAAAGAUGACUAG